AUGAAUAACCACGAAUCUUCAAAGCCAUCAACCAUGAAACUAAAACAGACCAUCCACCCCAUUCUUUUAUGUUUAAUACAUUUUAUCAUAUCACUUUAUACUAUUUUAACAUACAUUCCAUAUUAUUUUUUGUCUGAGUUAAGACAAGAAAAAUCAAAACAAAUUAAAGCAAAGCCUGUAAAUUCAAAACCCGAUUCUGCAUACAGAUCUGUUAACAGUAUGGAUGGCUUGGCCUCAGUAUUAUACCCUGGCUGUGAUACACUAGAUAAAAUUUUUAUGUAUGCCAAAAACAAAUUUAAGGACAAAAGACUCUUGGGAACACGUGAAGUUUUAAAUGAGGAGGAUGAAAUACAACCAAAUGGAAAAGUUUUUAAAAAGGUUAUUCUUGGACACUAUAAUUGGCUCUCCUAUGAAGAUGUCUACGUUAGAGCUUUGAAUUUUGGAAAUGGCUUACAGGUGUUGGGUCAGAAACCAAAGACCAACAUUGCUAUCUUCUGUGAAACCAGGGCCGAGUGGAUGAUUGCUGCACAGGCGUGCUUUAUGUAUAACUUUCAGCUUGUUACGUUGUAUGCGACACUAGGAGGUCCGGCAAUUGUUCAUGGACUAAAUGAAACAGAGGUGACCAACAUCAUUACUAGUAAAGAACUCUUGCAAACAAAGUUGAAGGAUAUAGUUUCUUUAGCUCCACGCCUGCGGCACAUCAUCACUGUCGAUGGUAAGCCGCCUACCUGGUCCGAGUUCCCCAAGGGCGUCAUCGUGCACACCAUGGCUGCAGUGCAGGCUCUGGGAGCCAAGACGAGCACGGAAAACAAACCUCAGAGCGCACCGGCACCCUCAGAUAUUGCAGUAAUCAUGUACACAAGCGGGUCCACAGGACUUCCCAAGGGGGUCAUGAUCUCCCAUAGCAACAUCAUUGCUGGCAUCACGGGGAUGGCGGAAAGGAUUCCACGCCUGGGAGAGGAAGAUGUUUACAUUGGCUAUUUGCCUCUGGCCCACGUGUUAGAAUUGAGUGCGGAGCUUGUCUGUCUUUCUCACGGGUGUCGCAUUGGUUACUCUUCACCACAAACGUUAGCAGAUCAGUCUUCAAAAAUAAAAAAAGGAAGCAAAGGAGAUACGUCCAUGUUGAAGCCAACACUGAUGGCAGCCGUUCCGGAAAUCAUGGAUCGAAUCUAUAAAAAUGUCAUGAAUAAAGUAAAUGAAAUGAGUAGUUUUCAACGUAAUCUGUUUAUUCUGGCCUAUAAUUAUAAAAUGGAACAGAUUUCCAAAGGGCGAAGUACUCCCCUGUGUGAUAGGUUUAUUUUCCAGAAAGUUCGGAGCUUGCUAGGUGGAAAUAUUCAGCUUUUGUUGUGUGGAGGCGCUCCACUUUCUGCAACCACACAGCGAUUCAUGAAUAUCUGCUUUUGCUGUUCCGUUGGCCAGGGCUAUGGCCUCACUGAGUCUGCUGGGGCUGGAACAAUUACAGAAGUGUGGGACUACAAUACCGGCAGAGUGGGAGCACCAUUAGUUUGCUGUGAAAUCAAAUUAAAGAACUGGGAGGAAGGUGGAUACUUUAAUACCGAUAAACCACAUCCCAGGGGUGAAAUUCUUAUUGGUGGCCCGAAUGUGACAAUGGGAUACUACAAAAAUGAAGCAAAAACAAAGGCUGAUUUCUUUGAAGAUGAAAAUGGGCAGAGGUGGCUCUGUACUGGAGACAUUGGGGAGUUCGAUCCUGAUGGUUGUUUAAAGAUUAUUGAUCGUAAAAAGGACCUUGUAAAACUCCAGGCAGGAGAAUAUGUUUCUCUUGGGAAAGUAGAGGCAGCUUUGAAGAAUCUUCCACUAAUAGAUAACAUUUGUGCAUAUGCAAACAGUUACCAUUCUUACGUCAUUGGAUUUGUUGUGCCAAAUCAAAAGGAACUAACAGAACUUGCUCGAAAGAAAGGACUUAAAGGGACGUGGGAGGAGCUGUGCAACAGCUGUGAUAUGGAAAAUGAGGUACUCAGAGUGCUGUCUGAAGCUGCUAUUUCAGCAAGUCUGGAAAAGUUUGAAAUUCCAGUGAAAAUUCGUUUGAGCCCUGAACCGUGGACGCCAGAAACUGGUCUGGUGACAGAUGCCUUCAAGCUGAAACGCAAAGAGCUUAAAACACAUUACCAGGCGGACAUUGAGCGAAUGUAUGGAAGGAAAUAA